GUAACUUUUGCCUCCACCGUUGACCUGCGCUGCUCUUUCUCGUCUCAAUUCUCUUGUUUGUUUCUAUUCUGUCUCUGCUUCUCUUCAUCUGCUGCUUCUACAAACACAGCAGCUUCUUAGAUACAGAGGAUGUCGACCCCAAAGCUCAACACCGCCUCGAGCUUCCCCGUCUCCUCCUCCUCGCCCGCCAAAUCCUCUCGCUCGUCCUCGCCCGCGGCCUCAGACCGCGCCACGGACUCGCCCUCCCGCAUGAGCUCUGCCUUCAGUCUCACGCUGACCAAAACCAUCUCGCGCGAUUCAAACUUCAACCUGCCUCCGCCCGCCAUGGGAUCUACCUUCAUGCAGGGCCCGCCGACGCCGGUGGAGAAGUACGGCACUAUUGGCGUGUGUGCGAUGGACGCGAAAGCACGGAGCAAGCCGUGCCGGCUGAUUCUCAACCGGCUGAUUUCGGACGGCAUGUUUGAGAUUGUGAUUUUCGGCGACAAGGUCAUCCUGGACGAAGACGUCGAGAACUGGCCGACGUGCGAUUUCUUGAUUUCCUUCUUCUCGACCGGUUUCCCGCUCGACAAAGCGAUCCAGUACGCCAAGCUGCGCAAGCCGUAUCUCGUCAACGAUCUCGAGUCGCAGAAACUGCUCUGGGACCGACGACUCGUGCUCGACGUGCUCGACAGCAUCCAUGUGCCGACCCCCUCGCGGCUCGAGAUCAGCCGUGACGGCGGACCGAAGGUUGAUUCGGUGCUCGAGAAGCGCAUGGAGGAGCAAGGCGUGAAUAUCAAGCGCGGAGCCGCUCCGCCUUGGAAGAUGCUCGACGCCGACACGCUCUGGGUUGACGGCAAGACGCUCAAGAAGCCGUAUGUGGAGAAGCCUGUGAACGGCGAGGACCACAAUAUCUACAUUUACUACCACUCGUCGCAGGGCGGGGGCGGUCGUAAGCUGUUCCGCAAGGUGGGCAACAAGUCGUCUGAGUUUGAUCCGACGCUGUCGUCGCCGCGGACCGAGGGAAGUUUCAUCUACGAGAAGUUCAUGGACACCGACAACUACGAGGACGUCAAGGCGUACACUGUCGGCCCGAACUACUGCCACGCCGAGACGCGCAAGUCGCCGGUGGUCGACGGCUUAGUGCGCCGCAACACGUUUGGCAAAGAGAUCAGGUUCGUGACGCAGCUGACGGCGGAGGAGAAGAACAUGGCGCGCAACAUCGCGCUCGCGUUCGACCAGGCGAUCUGCGGCUUCGACCUGCUGCGCGUGAACGGGCGGUCGUACGUGAUCGACGUGAACGGGUUCUCGUUCGUGAAGGAGAACCAGCAGUACUACGAGCAAGCGUCGAAAGUGCUCCGCGAGAUCUUUAUGGCGGUGCGGGAUAGCCAGAAGCGGCUGCCGGCGUCGUUGGCGGCGCCGAAGCCCGCGGAGCAGAAGCAGAGCUGGAAGUUGAAGGGGAUGGUGUACGUGAUUCGCCACGCGGACCGCACGCCGAAGCAAAAGCUCAAGUUUUCGUUUUACUCGCAGACGUUUAUCGCGCUGCUGAAAGAGCACAAGGAGGAGGUGAUUAUCCGGGGCAUCGAGCCGUUGAUGGAAGUGCUCGAGGCGACGAAGAAGGCGCAGGUCGAGAAGAUCGAGGACGCGGGGAAGCUUGCGCAGCUCGCGCACGCGCUGGACCGCAAGAUGAGUUUUGCGGGGACAAAAGUGCAGAUCAAGCCCGUGCUGAGCGAGGAGAUGGAGGUCGAGAAAGUGCAGCUGAUUAUCAAGUGGGGCGGGGAGCCGACGCACUCGGCGCGGUACCAGUCGCAGGAUCUGGGGGAUCAGAUGCGCAAGGACGUGCUGCUGAUGAACAAGGAAGUGCUUGAUAACGUGAAGGUGUAUACGAGCUCCGAGAGGCGGGUUGCGACGAGCGCGCAGAUUUGGUGCGCGUCGUUUUUGGACAAGAAGGAUCUCGAUCCGUCGUUUUUGACGAUCCGCAAGGAUUUGCUGGACGAUAGCAACGCGGCCAAGGAUCUGAUGGACAAGGUGAAGAAGAAAAUCAAGCCGCUGCUGCGUAAAGGAUUGAAGCCGCCGCCGCAGUUUACGUGGCCGGAGAAGAUGCCUGAGCCGAGUGUCGUGAUCCAGGCGGUCGUCGAGCUGAUGAAUUUCCACCGGAAGGUGAUGGAGGCGAACUUCAAGUUCCGGGACGUGAACGCGUUCCAGUCGCGGUGGUGCUGCGGCGAGGAUCCGAUGCUGUUCAAGGAGCGGUGGGACAAGCUGUUUGGCGAGUUCACGACGGUCGAGAAAGUUGAUCCGUCCAAGAUCUCGGAGCUGUACGAUACGAUGAAGUACGACGCGCUCCACAACCGGCAGUUUCUCGAGAAUGUGUUUUUGCCGUCCGAGGGUCUGGACGGCGAACUGACGCCGUGCGAGGCAAGCAAGGCGUUGAUCUCUGAGGUCUCGGGAUCGAUCUCGUCCGCGUCAUCAGUCUCUGCAUCGUCCUCCCAGUCCGCGCCUUCGCCUACGACGACCACGGCUGCAGCUGCAGCUGCGGCGGCGGCCGGGACCGCGCCGUCGUCGAGUAUGAGAGGAUCGCCGUUGAUUGGCGGCGACGAGUUUCUGAGUCGCAAGCCGUCAGGGGGCGCCGGGAACGGGACGCCGCCGAAGGAUAAGUUCCAGGACGAGAAGUUUAUCAAGCUUCGCGAGUUGUACCGGCUGACGAAGGUUUUGUUUGACUACAUUUGUCCACAGGAAUAUGGAAUUUCGGAUGACGAGAAGCUCGAUAUUGGGUUGCUGACGAGUCUGCCGCUUGUGAAGCAGAUUCUUGCGGAUCUGGAUCAGGUGAAGGAGGCGGAUUCGGGGGCGUGCUUUGCAUAUUUUACCAAAGAAUCGCAUAUCUAUACGCUGCUGAAUAUGAUUUACGAGUGCGGGAUACCAACCAAGAUGUCGCGGAACGCGGUGCCAGAGCUGGAUUACCUGACGCAGAUUGUGUUUGAGCUGUUUGAGUCCGAGAGCGGGUCGGACAGGAAGUACGCGGUGCGGGUGUCGUUGUCGUCCGGGUGUCAUUGCGGGGAUCCGCUGGACAUCCACUUGGACUCGAAGCACUGCAUUUCGUGCAUGCCGCGCAAGGCGCUGACGAGCCAUAUCGACAUGGACGUGGUGACGAAGAAGUUUACGGAUAACUUUGGCAGGGUGUCGUUGCCGAAACGGUUCAUUCCGGUGAAUAUCAGCGGGCAGGGGUCGAGCACGAACGCAGCGUCGGUGGUGACGACGACGGCGACGGCGCCGCCUAUCAGUGUGUAGGGGUGGUUAUUGCUUUGUCUUGUCUUGUCUAGCAGUGGAAUAAAUAUAUAGAUUAUAGAACUUUCGCUCGGUUGAAUGGUGAUGGAAUGGAAGGUGUAGAUGACGUCAGACAAUUAAAACAAAGGGCGGUGGACGAAGGGAAGUCGGGAGUCUGGCGGGGAAGACGCGAAAGCGAAAGCCAAAGUCUGGGGAGAGGCGACGCCAGACCGCGGCAGUGGGCGGACCAACGCUCGCGACGGAAACAGUCCGAGAGCGAGCGACGAGGCUCGUCGGGCAGAUGGAGUGGAAUGGUUUCCCCACGUGGGAUGAUGUGUGUUUAUUGUUUGUGUGUAUAAAGCCUGCUGCUGCCGCUGCUGCUGCUGCUGCUGCCUCGUCUGAUCUACACACGCUCUCACAGUACUCGCACAAUGAUCCAAGAAUCUGUCAC